AUGGCGAGCAACUUGUUACGUGGCACAAAAUUGAAGAGGCGCGAAGUAGCGAUACACAAUAAAUCAAACGAUUGUUGGGUUUCUUAUAAUGACAACGUUUACGAUCUGACCGACUUAUGUAGAUUGUGGUUAGGUACACGAGUAAUAAAACCUAUAAUAGCACACGCGGGAAAAGAUAUCAGUCAUUGGUUCGAUCAUAAUCGAAAGGACAUUAAAUAUUACAUUCACCCUGUUACCGGUGUAUCAGUACCGUAUUGUCCACAUGGACCAAUACCGGAUGUGUCUGAUUGUGUCGUACCUUCCACUACUUGGCGACCGUUAAACAAAUGUCCAUGGUGGUUGGAAGAUAAAUAUAAGUUAGGCGAACUCACCAAAAAUCCACGACCUUGUAGAAUUAUUAAUGUUCUUACUGGAACGAGUUGUGUUAUAAUGGUUUGCGAAGAGGAUACAAUUAAACGUAUUCAAGAACGAGCUUUAAUAUUUAAUGCAAAUGGACAAUCUUAUUCGUGGAAAUUUGAAGGAAAGGAUAUUGAUCUUGAUUGUACUUUAACGGAGAAUAAUAUUCCGGACGAACGUGAACGCUUCAUAGCUUGUGGGCUUCCAGAGGAUUAUUAUAUUCCGAGUCUUAUGUGUUAUUACAUCGAUAAAGACGAUUUGGACGAGUAUAAGAAAAAUUGUAGGCGGGAUAAUAAUUAUAUAUAGCCGAACACAUAUCAAUAAUAUUAUUAUUUAAUAUUAUUUUUAUGUUAUAUUUUAACAAAAAGUUCCCUACAUUACCGAACGUUGCAAAUAGUACUUCUCAAUUGCGAAAGAUGGCAGCACCAUUCUCAGAUGCAAUGCAAUUGUAUCUAACAUUAUGGGAACAAAAUUGAGAGAACAUAUAAUAUUAAAUAUAAAUAAUUUAUAGUAAU